AAAAGAAUAUCAAUAUAUUCCUAACUUCAUUUGAUUCAUGAAAAAUUUCAGGUUAUUUUCCAAACUCUGGAAAUUGUGUAUUUACUAUUUUAACUUUGAAGAUUUUAGCAUGUCUGAAAAAAAUUCUGCGCCUGGUGAUGGGUUGAGAUCGGUUCGAACAACAGCAUUAUUCAGAGCAGUCAACUUUGAAUUAUAUACCAAACCAAACGCCGUUAUAAUGGGAUUAGGAUUGAUGGCAAUCGCAGGAUGUGCUGGUUACAUCGCAUACAUGAGAAGCAAAUAUGAAGGGAUGGGAUAUUAUGGAGCACUAAAAGAAGAUGGUACUGAACAUUUCGAAAAGAAGAAAUCCAAAUGGGAUUAAUGUCCAAAGAUUGUAAUAUAUUGAAUUAGGUGUAGAUACAGUUAAGCUCUUAUUUUACCAGAGUUAAAUUAGGUUCUGUUAUUUGCAAGUUUAUAAUCUAUGAAGAUGUAUGCCACUUAGAUGUACCUGAACAAAAUAAAAUAUUCUUUUGCAAAGUUAUCCAUCUAUUUAGGAAUAAAAUAUGAUUGUUUUUACAUUGGAAGGGGCAGGAAUUAUUAAUAUUGUAUAUUAAGAAAUGUUUUAGUGUUUACAUUCCCAUAAUUGAACGCAUCAAGGAGAUACUACCUCAUGAUGAACAAAAUACAUAGUAAAG